CUACACAAUAAAUGGUAAAUUACUCCAAUUUCCCACGAGGAAUAUAAACUUUAAUUCCGCCUUUUGUAAAUUUUGUAUAUUUUUAAAAUCGAACAAAAAAAAAAACAAAAAUAAUUUCCUUAAGUAUGGAGCAAACAAUCGAGUGUAGCUAGCAGUAUUACAGAACCAUCAUCGCCAGCCGUAUCGGAUACCUGCUCGCAAGAGACACCAAGUUGUGAUAUGUCCAUAAGUCUAACCAGCACAGAAGGCUACAAUAUGCCAUCAACAGCGGCACAAAGACUUGCCAGAUUCUUUCCACGUUUAGAUGAUGACCUGCAUUCAGUAAGUGUUUAUGCGCCCAUAAAUUUGGAUUGUUUAGAAGGUGCCGAAACGGAAUUGAGCUAUGCUGGGGCAGUAGGUGGUUUAGCUGAAGGUGGAUUUGAUGCUAAAAGUGCCUGUUUGACUCCAGUUAGUUUUAAUAUGGAUUUGAGUAUUGUGGCCAAUAAAGGAUCGCUGACAUUAUCGGUAGAUGGUUUUGAGGAUGACGAUGAUGCUACACCCUCAGCUGCCACUACACCCUCUUUGCCACGUGAUGAGCCUCAUUUGGAAUUUUGUUACUGCUGUGAAGCUCACAGUUCUCAGGAGCAGCCACCCGAUGAUACUCAAAAAUCCAACGAACUCUUUAACAUAAUGAGAAAUAAACGUUUGGCGGCCAAUGAGCGCAAGCAGCAAUGCUACUGCCAUGAUGCUCCCCUGAGUGCUGGUCUACUUAAUGCUGAAACUCCUACGGUUAGCAUACGCAAGGCCUCUGAUACCAUAUCGCCUAGGAUACAAAAACAAAUUAGUCUCUUCGAGAGUGGAGAACUGGAAAGACAAAAGGAAUACUCUGCUUUACAUGCCUCCAUAAAUUUUCCACAACCCAGUAGUUUACAAUUGAAACAAGAUGCACGCUUAAGAAAAUUCGAAAACCUAACACAAUCGACAUCGAAUUCCAAUUUUCCCUUUGAAAGUAACACUUUGAAAAGGGUACCAAAUAAUGUCGAGGAUUUUGUUGAUGUCAAUCUAACACAAUCUUGUAUAAAUCUUAAAUCGUCUGGCGUGGCCGCCUCUAACACUUCUUCUACCUGUAGUUCUCCCCAGCACAAAGUGAUUUCGGUAUUUCGUCCAGUUACUCAGUCUUGCUCAACAAUGCCGCCAGAAGAGAUAGACACAACUAGUGGUCCAGCCAGUCCCCGGCCUGGUGCUUUAAUAGUUAAGGAAAAGUAUAUUGAACCGCCCAAACGUAUAACGCGCAGCUUUCAUGGCAAAACCCAAUCAAUGGAUUCGGAGUUUCUAUUCAAUGAAUUUUUACUAGUGCCAGCCCAUUCGAUGGCCGCCCAAAAUUCUUCUAGCAGUGAUACCGGCAGUGCUACCACUUCACCUUCGACACGUUCUAACAAACGUUUUACCACUACCAAAGUAUUGGAUGAAGAUUUGGAGGAUUUAAGUGAAAAUUAAACUAAACACAAAUUAUAAUUACGAAUAUUAAAACUCAAUUUAGAUUGAUCUUAUGUAAUGUGCGAAAUUUUGGAAAACUUAAAAUGUUGUGUGUAAGUAGAGAUAAAUUGAAAAUUGCAGUGACAACAAACAAAUUUUAGAAAAUUAAUAAAGAUGAAAUAUAUUUUUGCGUGUAAAA